GUCACGUGGUGGGCGGUACUUACGCAUGAGUUGGGAAAGCUAAGCAAAGCUGGGAACAACACUGCUGACAUGAUUGCCCGUCAAGGCGCAUUUAUGAUUUUCUAAACCUUUCGGAUUCCCCGAGUUUAGCCAACAUGGACACUUUCAGGAUGACUAAGGAAGGCCCGAGUCGUUGUUGAGUUUUGCGCUAGCCGUGUGACGUUAGCUCGUGCGGCUAGUAACUCCUGCUGCGGCUGGCGGCUUCAGACAACUUGUCAAGAGCCGAGGCGAUCGACAGAUAUCCCAGGCACAAUUCGGAACUGUUUUCGACACGCUCCCGCUGUACAUAUCUGCCGCAAGUUGUCGCUGCGCCGACGGCCAUCGAAACAGCAGCACUUUAGAGAGAGUGGGCCAUCAUGGCAACGUGACAGGAGGGAAGCCCGCUGAGUGCGCUUCGAAAGGAGUCAUGGAGGGCUUACAGCAACCUUCUCCCAAGAAGCACAACAGGGUCAAUGGCUACUGCCAGCCAAGUUCACCCGAGGAUGCGGCUGCUGUUAAGCGGCCUCGAGGGGAAUCCCAGGGCUCAGACAGCUGCGAGGGUGCGACUGCAUCGGAACAUGCGGACCUGGAUGAGCCCAAAGGUCCCGAAAGACACGUUGAGAUCAAAGAGGAGCUGGAGGACGCGUCUGCUCGGCGAGGCAAGCAGGAGAAAGGAGGGAAUGCAGAAGAAGAAAACAAUCACAGCAGUGCAGCGUCAAGCUACACCGCAGACCUUUCCCACACGCCGUCGGCAUCACUGUCCGAGCAGCUGCGUUUGGGCCGUGAGGACACGACAGCCUCUGGAAUCAGUGUGGAGUGUAAGGUCUGUGGGGACAAGGCGUCAGGCUUUCACUAUGGUGUACAUGCCUGUGAGGGUUGUAAGGGCUUUUUCAGACGAACUGUGCGCAUGAAAUUGGAAUACGAGCGCUGCGAGCGUUCCUGCAAAAUUCUGAAGAAGAAUCGCAACAAGUGCCAAUAUUGUCGUUUCCAGAAGUGCCUUUCUUUGGGAAUGUCUCAUGAUGCAAUCAGAUAUGGCCGCAUGCCUGAGGCAGAGAGGAAGAAAUUGGUGGCAGGCCUGCUUGCAGACGAGUUAAACCUCUGCAAACCAGGAGGCUCAGACUUGAAGACACUGGCCAAGCAAGUCAACACAGCCUACUUGAAGAAUCUCAGUAUGACCAAGAAGAGGGCCCGCAGUAUCCUGAUGGGAAAGACCAGCAGCACCUCACCAUUUGUGAUCUAUGACGUGGACACGCUUUGGAAGGCUGAAAGUGGUUUAGUGUGGAGCCAGUUGCUUCCAGGCGCUCCCCUGACCAAGGAGAUCGGGGUGCACGUGUUCUACCGCUGCCAGUGCACCACGGUAGAGACGGUGCGCGAGCUCACCGAGUUUGCCAAGAGCAUUCCGGGGUUUGUCGACCUCUUCCUGAACGACCAGGUGACGUUGCUGAAGUAUGGCGUGCAUGAAGCAAUUUUUGCAAUGUUGCCAUCUCUCAUGAACAAAGAUGGACUUCUGGUGGCCAACGGUAAAGGCUUUGUGACCAGGGAGUUCUUGCGCAGCCUAAGGAAACCUUUCAGUGAGAUCAUGGAACCCAAGUUUGAGUUUGCUGUCAAGUUCAAUGCCCUGGAGCUGGACGACAGUGACCUGGCCCUCUUUGUAGCUGCCAUCAUCCUCUGUGGAGAUCGCCCAGGCUUGAUGAAUGUGAAGCAGGUGGAGCAGAGCCAGGACAACAUCCUGCAGGCCCUAGACCUCCAUCUGCAGGCGAACCACUCUGACUCAGUCUACCUCUUCCCCAAGCUGCUGCAGAAAAUGGCCGACCUCCGCCAGCUGGUCACGGAGAACGCUCAGCUUGUGCAGAAAAUCAAAAAAACAGAGUCUGAGACAUCAUUGCACCCUCUUUUGCAGGAGAUCUACAAGGACAUGUACUAAACUACUCUGAGCGAUACUGUUACAGACUGAAUACACACUUAUUAGAACAAUACAGUGUUCAGUUAAACACUGUUCCAAGUGAGGUGUCAUACCUACGCAUCAGCACACAAAUUACGUGUGCAUCU